AUGUGGGAGCAAGUCCCAUUCCACGCCGGUUCGGAAAUCAAAUUCAGACUUUUCAUUGAAGUCUUUUUCUCACAGAUGCACUGGCAGGGAAGCGCACCUCACGUCAGAGGCCUGAGCACCGUCCCUCAGCGGCUGCGGGUCCCCACCAGAGACUCGGGGGAGGAAUCGAGGACCGUGCUCUUCACCCUUCCUGAGCUGUGGCCUUCUCCACGCCAGAAGCACUGCCCGCGUGCCCAAAGUAGCUCUGGAACCCGGUGGAGGAACCUCCUGGGCCUCGUCCCGUGUCCCGCAGCGCCCUGGGCCCGGCGACGCUCCGCCGGGCUGCGAGGGAACUCUCGGGGCCCGCUCUCCCCGCACGGAGCGGAGCCCGAGGCUGGCGCGGGAGGCGCGGGGCGGGGGCGGCGGGGCCGGGGCAGCUGCGGUGGCGGCCCCUCAGAGCGCGGCCCGGGCCGGCCGGGCUGCAAAGGGCUCCCAGGUGUGGCGGGGCGGAGCGGGGCCGCCCAGCGGGGGGUGACAGCCGCGCAGGUGACCAUCAGCCUGUCACCCUCCCCCAGCUCCUUGGAGCGGGUGUUAAAUCAUGAGGGAUACGGAACCGCUCCUGCUGGGGGCAGCGGGGACGCUGCCGCCAGGCUCGAGUCGCUUCGGGACCAGGCCCUGAGCCGCGGGCGCCGUCGCCCCGUAGGACAUGGAGUCGCCCUGAGCAAAUUAAGGAUUCCCAACCUCUACCCAUCAAGCCAGGUAGAAAUAGUUCAAUCCAAUGUUGUCUUUGAUAUCAGCAGCCUCAUGCUGUAUGGAACCCAAGCCAUUCCUGUGCGCCUUAAAAUUCUGCUAGAUCGGCUUUUCAGUGUUCUGAAGCAGGAAGAGGUGAUACAGAUUCUCCAUGCCCUGGAUUGGACACUGCAGGAUUAUAUACGUGGAUACGUGCUGCAGGAUGCUUCAGGAAAAGUGCUGGAUCACUGGAGCAUAAUGACCACUGAGGAAGAACUGGCUACUUUGCAGCAGUUUCUUCGUUUUGGAGAAACUAAGUCCAUUGUAGAGUUAAUGGCAAUUCAAGAGAAAGAAGGGCAAUCAAUUAUAAUACCACCACCAACUGCCAAUUUGGAUAUUAGGGCAUUCAUUGAGAGCUGCAAUCAACACAGUCCUAAUUUUUCUACUUCCUUGGACAAAAUGAGUCCCACUACCAUUCAUCCCUUUGAGAAUAUUGUAAAUAACAUGGCUUUCAUGCUGCCAUUUCAGUUUUUCAGUCCAGUGCCUCCACCUUUGAUAGGUUCACCACCAGAAAGACAUUUGAUUGAGCAGGACCAUAGCAAUGAAACUAAACAAGAUGUUCAGAUACCGUUUUCUGAAAGCAGCUUCUUAACUUCUAGUUCUGCACCAUUUCAAGUUGAAAAUGAGCGGAGCAUAAAUGGUCCAGAUGUCACCACUAAAACAGAAGAUGAUGCCCUUUUAAGUGAUUCCAGUUCACAUAAUCCAGCAGCAAAGCUUGAAAUGACAGCACUAUCUCCAGAAAACAAAAUGAAAUCUGUUGAAAAAAAUGGCGCUGGGCCAAGGAAAGGGCGUGUUUUCUGCACUGCGUGUGAAAAGACAUUUUAUGACAAAGGUACUUUGAAAAUACAUUACAAUGCCGUUCAUCUGAAGAUAAAGCACAAAUGCACAAUUGAGGGCUGCAAUAUGGUGUUCAGCUCUUUGCGCAGCCGAAAUCGUCACAGUGCGAAUCCGAACCCCAGACUCCAUAUGCCAAUGAAUAGAAAUAAUAGGGAUAAAGAUCUAAGAAAUGGUUUGACCAUUGCUGCACCUGGAGAUAGUAAAAGGACAGAAUUUACAAUUUUAACUCCGGAUAGCAGAACUAUUACCAGCUAUGCCAGCUCUUGUACAGACUCGAAGGGUCAGGCUGGAUUUCCCAGUAUUGGACAGAAUGGUGUCCUCUUUCCAAACCUGAAGACAGUUCAGCCUGUUCUUCCUUUUUAUCGCAGUCCAGUCACACCAGCUGAGCUUGCUAAUACUCCAGGUACUCUUCCUUCUCUGCCUCUGGUUUCUUCCUCAAUACCCGAACAGCUUGUUUCAAAUGAAUUGCCAUUUGACAUGCUACCCAAGAAGAAAUCUCGUAAAUCGAGUAUGCCCAUUAAGAUAGAGAAAGAAGCUGUUGAGACACCUAAUGAAAGUAGUGAUGUUGCCAGUUCUGAAGAUGAUACACGUCUGCAAGUGGUAAGCGAUGGAGAGCUUGAGACCUGUGAGCAUAAGAUAGAGAAGCGGGUGAGCGACAGGGUGGAAAAGCACCCCCAUUCAGGUAAUUCAUGGAAAUCUGUCUCUGGGGUAGAGGGCCCAAAGUAUUUUGAAUCUGUCUUUGCGCCAAAUAACAAAUACAUCAAGGAUAUCUCUGAGAAUGAAUUGCACCACUGUGAGAAAGAGGUUAAACCAGAAGAAAGCCAACCAUUAAAAAUAGUUUCCCAUGAGAUUGUAUAUGAAGAUCCAAAACACCACCACAAUGAUGUUCUAAAACCAAUGACUGAACCCCCCAUGUAUAUUAAAGAGCAGUCAAAGCGCAGGAUUCCUAAAAAUGACUGCCCUGAAUUGCAACACCACUUGCUGACCGGGGGCUUUUUCAGCACUUUGUCAAACAGGGGUGCUGCCAUUCCUUGUUUUGAAGACUCUAAAGAUAUGGAUCAUGUCAGUCAACAUGCACUAGGGAUUCAGAAGGAAGAAAGCCGCUUUCAUUGUGACAUCUGUAUGAAGACUUUUAAAAACCCUUACAGUGUAAAAAUGCAUUUUAAAAAUGUACAUCUCAAAGAAAUGCAUAUUUGCACAGUUGAGGGCUGUAAUGCUGCUUUCCCUUCUCGUAGAAGUCGAGACAGUGUUACAGCAGCUUUUGGCUGCAAGAAAUGUGCCUGGAUAGUAGUUCAGAGUGACACAAGACAUAGUUCAAACCUAAAUCUUCAUCAUAAGCUUCUGACUAAAGAUACACUGGAAUUCAACCACCAUUUCAAUGCAACAUACCUCUUGAAAGACAUGGCUAAGGAGUUUUGUCAAGAUGUCUCUUUAAAACAACAUGUUGGACAUACUUCUGUAAUCUUCAAAGGAAUGAACAGAACAGGCAGCUUGGUCUUUCCAAUGAGCAAAAUUGGAGAACCCUGUUCUGAGAGUUAUGGAUACAAUCCAUUGAAUGAUGGAGCUGUUCUGGAUUUGAGCACUACUUCCAGCAUUAAAUCUGAGAGCAGUGCUCAUUCUUCUUGGGAUUCCGACGGAGGAAGUGAAAUAUGCACCAUGCCCAUGGAUGAUAGUGAUGAAAGCUGUGAAGGACCCAGCCUAAUGCCCAAUGAUGAACUCUACCAAGACUGUACUUUAAUUGAAAAAGCUAAUCAAAACUUUCCAAAUUUAUCUUCCAGUUUGCCAAUAACUUGUCAUAUAUGUCAAAAAACUUACAGUAAUAAAGGAACUUUCAGGGCUCAUUAUAAAACUGUGCAUCUCCGCCAGCUCCACAAAUGUAAAGUCCCAGGUUGCAACACCAUGUUUUCAUCUGUUCGCAGUCGGAACAGGCACAGUCAAAACCCUAACCUGCACAAAAGUCUGGCUGGGUCACCAACUAGCCUACAGUAA